AUGUUCGGUUUCUGGGCACAGCGUAUCUUCACACUUGUCGCUUUGGUCAUCAUCCGACACAAUCGCAUUCCUGUUCAUCCGGAAGCCAUCCGAAUGCCGCUAUGGUGUAUCUACACUUUCCUGACGAUCACAGUUGCACUGGUGGUGAUUCCUAUUAUCCAAGAAUUCUCGGUCACCGCAUUGGCGAUUGGAAUCUGCCUCAUUGGCUUCGGUCUAUAUUUUCUGUUUGUUUAUCCAACUGUCCUGCCUAGCUGGCUUUACGUCCUCAAUGAACGUUCGACACUCGUAUGCAGUAUAAUUUUCGACUGCUUACCCGAUGUAAAGCCGGGUGUCGGUGUGGCACUCCUAGCUUCAUCCGACUCAUCUCAAGCUUUGAUCCCAAAGAGACCGUCGUCAGCUCGGCUGUCAGAAGAGGACUCUCUACCAGAUCUUCAUUCCGACGAGAAAAACGUCUUCCGCCGCAAUGGCAGUUCGACUGGAUUCAAACUACUGCUGCCCACAUCGUUGGUGGAUCUGAUGUCCGACGUGCAAUGA